GAAAUAUUCCGUACAAAUAAAAGCACAUGUACUUUUUGGACUAAAUAUUCAUUUUUAUUUAAAUAAUUAAAAAUGAGUAUAAAAGACCCAUCACUUAGGAAUUUAACUUCCUCUAAAUUUGCCAGUCUUGGCAAACAUCAAAACAAACGAAUACAAGAUCUUAUAAAGCCUCAUUUAGAAUCUUUCAAUUUUAUGUACGAAUAUGGAUUAAAUGAAGCUGUACAAGCUAUACCCCCUGUACAAUGGACGUUACCAAAUAAUAAAAGGAUUUCUCUUUAUGCCACUGCAGCUUCUUUAUCUAAACCAAUAAAUCCCACUAGCAAUGUAAAAGAUCGUAGAGUGUAUCCAUCCCACUGUAGAAUGGCAGGGAAAACCUACAAAGGAAAGUUGUCUAUUCACAUAGCAUGGGAAGUUGAUGGCGAGAAAUUUGGUCCGGAAGAAAAAAUUAUAGGUGAAAUUCCUCUAAUGGUCAAGUCGAAAGCUUGUCACUUGUAUGGACUCUCUCCAAAAGAGCUUGUUGAGAGAGGUGAAGAAGCAGAGGAAUUGGGUGGAUAUUUUAUAUCAUCGGGAAAUGAAAAGUUUAUGCGUAUGUUAAUUAUGCCUAGAAGAAAUUACCCAAUGGCCAUAUCUAGACCCAGUUAUAAGAAAAGAGGAGCAUUUUAUAGUCAAUAUGGUAUACACGUUAGGAGCACUAGACAAAAUGAAAAUGUCUCUGACUUAACACUACAUUAUUUAACGAACGGAACUGUUGUUUGCUGUUUAAUAUUCAGUAAAGAACAGUUCUUUAUUCCAGUGAUGUAUAUAUUAAAAGCAUUAAUUGAUCGUCCGGAUCAAUGGAUUUAUAAACAAUUAACUAAAGAUAUGGAAAACAAUGAUUACUACAAAGGGAGUAUUGCCAACAUGAUGAGAUUACUUCUUCCGGAAAAAUUGUUCAGUCAGAAAGAUUUUCUAACAUAUCUCGGCGAAAAGUUCAGAGUAAAAUUCAAUCGUUUGCCUGAUUGGAAGACUGAUUACGAAAUUGGAAAAUAUUUAAUAGACAACGGAGUUCUAGUUCAUCUUGAUGAUUAUAUGGAAAAAUUUAACUUACUUGCGUAUAUGACGCAAAAACUGUUUCGUUUCUCAAAGAAAGAAUGUACGGAAGAAAGUCCUGAUAAUCCAAUGUUUCAGGAAGUACUAUUAGCUGGACAAUUAUAUCAGCGUUUUUUGCAAGAGAAGGUUGAAAAUUGGUUACAUACUUUUAAGACGUUUUCUUUGAAGGUAAUGAAAAAUGCAGAAGAAAAUGAUACUAUGGAUUUAAAUUUCUUUUCUAAAGUGAUAAAGAUGACGCAACAAAUUACAGCAGCAGCGGAAUACCUUAUAGCUACGGGUAACCUUAGGUCAUUGACUAAUAUUGGUUUACUUCAGACAACUGGUCUUGUUUUGGUUGCAGAUAGAUUAAAUUUUCAAAGAUUUUUAUCACAUUUCCAAUCGAUACACAGAGGAGCAUUUUUUACUGAAAUGAGAACCACCGGAGUUAGAAAACUGCUUCCCGAAGCUUGGGGAUUUAUAUGCCCUGUUCACACGCCUGACGGCUCUCCUUGCGGUUUACUAAAUCAUUUAACAGCAAAUUGCCAAGUUCUAACGCAAGCUGAAGACGAAGAAGGAAUCCAUUCGGUUUUGUCCUCUUUUGGUAUGAGAGAUAUUGGAGAUAUCCUACAAUUUACCAAUCAGAGUUAUACUGUUCUAUUAAACGGUAAGGUUCUAGGAUGUUUGAAAGAUGAAAAUGCUGGGGAAGCUGUUACUGCUCUUAGGCGUUUUAAGGUUUUAGGCGAGGAGAAUAUCCCGUCGUCUUUGGAAAUUUGCUUUGUGAAGAGAACUAAUGUGGCCAGCCAAUAUCCUGGAAUAUACUUAUUUACAACCUCUGCUAGAAUGCUUAGACCCGUUAAGAAUCUAAUAGAAGAUGAAAUUGAGCUUAUUGGCACUUUCGAACAGGCUUACUUGGAUAUUUGUAUAACUGCUGAUGAAUUUCACAAAGGUCUAACAACUCAUAUGGAAUUAAGUGAAACGGCUAUGUUAUCCACUCUAGCUAGCUUGACGCCCUUCUCUGACAAUAAUCAAUCUCCAAGGAACAUGUAUCAGUGUCAGAUGGCUAAGCAAACCUUAGCAACACCGGUUCACGCUUAUCAAUUUCGUUCGGAUAAUAAAUUGUAUAAAUUGGAGACGGGACAAAGCCCACUUGUUAGACCUUAUGCUCAUGACCAUUAUAAAAUGGAUGAAUAUCCCAUGGGAACAAAUGCAAUUGUUGCUGUUAUUUCUUAUACAGGCUAUGAUAUGGAGGAUGCUAUGAUCAUUAGUAAAAGUGCUGAAGAGAGAGGCUUCUGUCAUGGUACAGUUUAUAAGACGGAUUUUGUCAGCUGUUCUGAAAAAUCUGGCAGAGGAAAUAGACUAAAGAGUACUGAUUUUGUCUUUGGAAUUAAACCCAACGAUCCGAGAAUUGUCGGUAGUAGUUAUAUGUUGGAAGCAGAUGGUUUCCCCCCACUAGGUUCACUUUUACGGGCUGGUGAUCCUUAUUAUGCUUCCAUAAAUUUACAAACUGGUGAAAUGAAAGUUAAAAAAUACGAAAAAAAUGAGGACGCUUUUAUUCAUUGUGUUAAAGCUAUUGGAACUUCGUAUACCGAGGAUAAUAGAUAUAUUUCAGCCGCUGUCACGUUAAGAUACAGAAGAAACCCAACUAUAGGAGAUAAAUUUUCAUCCAGACACGGUCAGAAAGGUAUUUGCAGUCAGCUGUGGCCAGUAGAAGAUAUGCCUUUCACGGAGAGUGGGAUGACUCCUGAUAUCCUUUUCAAUCCUCAUGGCUUCCCUUCAAGAAUGACAAUAGGUAUGUUAAUCGAAAGUAUGGCUGGAAAGAGUGCUUGUAUGCACGGUAAAGUCCAUGAGGCUAGUCCGUUCGUGUUUAAUGAGGAGGAUACUGCUUAUGAUUACUUCGGCAAACAUCUAGUAGCUGCGGGAUAUAAUUAUUACGGCACAGAAAGAUUAUAUAGUGGGACAAAUGGAGAAGAAAUAGAAGCUGAUAUAUUUAUAGGAACAAUUUACUAUCAGAGGUUGCGUCACAUGGUUUCUGAUAAAUUUCAAGUCCGUACUACAGGACCUGUCGAUUCGUUGACACUUCAGCCGGUUAAAGGAAGAAGUCGAAUGGGUGGUGUACGUUUCGGAGAGAUGGAAAGGGACGCAUUAAUUGCUCACGGAGCAAGUUAUCUUGUUCAAGACCGUCUCAUGAACUGUUCAGAUAGAUGUGCAGUGAGGAUUUGCAAAAAAUGCGGAGAUAUGCUUUCGCCAAUUUUAGAUAACACCAAAAAUGAUUCAGCCUGGAAAUGCCUUUUAUGCAAGUCUCGUAAGCAUAUUGAGACUAUUCAUAUACCUUACAUUAUGAAAGUUUUUGCGGCCGAACUUGCAGCAAUCAAUGUUCGUCUGCAGUUAGAUUGUUUAUAA